AACGUACAUGUUUGAUAUUCCCACUCUCUUUUGAACUCCCGAGAUAUGUGGUAAUAUUUCCCUUCACUUCAUCUGAGAGUCGACCUGGAAGUCAUUUGAUAAACAAGGUCCAGCCAUGUCCCCUAUCAAACCAACCAACAUCCCAGGGUGGUUCCAGGCCUUCAGGGAUGGAGACUGGAGCGCGUACUAUGGUCCGAUACGCACCGCAGCCACGGUCGACUUCAGACAAGUUUGUGUUUUGUAUUCGUGGAGUUUGAUGGGACUCGGGUGCAGUGUGUUGAUCAUUGGCACGAGGAGAAGUGAGAGGUUCUCCACCCUCCUUCGGAUGUCCAUGGCCUUGCACGUGGGAUUUGCAGUGUUGUUGUCGAUGAUUAGUUCCGAUUGGUUGGUAGCUCGUGGUCACGUGACGUCAUGGUACGGAUUGACAAACGAUCAGAAGAUCGACGCAGACGUCAGCAUCCACGUCGGUUUGGACCAUGUCAACAUCAGUCUUAUAGGGAAAUUGAACUCGAGUGGAGAUGUCUACUAUAAUGAGAGAAUAUCGUGGUGGGGAGUUCACCAAGCAGAGAAAGAAUAUGAUGCUGCCCUGUCUAAAGGCCUGCCCAUCCCACUGAUGGACAUGGAGGAGACGUUUGGUAUUGGGUUCGAUCAGUUUGACAUCAACAAAUCAAUUGAUCUAAGAACAGCCGGAUAUUACACCUACAUACUGCUGUGCACUGGUCUCUCAUUUUGGUUCGUCACAAAUGUGCUUGUCUAUCUUGUCAUCACCGAGGCGGCCCUGUUGUUUAUCUUGACCGGUUUUGUCCUCCUAUUGGCCAAUCUUGUGUACUACUUCGGGCAACCUCGCGAACCUGUCGUCAUCCAUGUGGAGGGAACGAAACUGGAGCUAACCUUUGGAUGGUGUUUCUUCGUCAACCUCGUAGCAGGUGGACUGACAUUUCUUGCUGGCAUCGUUCUCUGCAUAGCGGGACGACUUGCGCCUGCCCGAGUGGCCAUGUUUUUUGACAUCACCAAUGACAACGUGAUGAUGGAACUCAAAGCGAGCAAGGGCGGUAAAGAAGAACAUUAUCAAACGUACCAAGAACCCGAGCCUUGUGGCCUGGCGAACGCGACGUUUAUUGAUGACGACGAAGAUGAUGGUGGCGACGAUGAAACAGCUGUUGACGCUGUAGAAUCUGCAGAUGCGACACGGAGGGUCCGUAUUGAGCUUGACCCGUUCAGGAAGAUCAGUUAUUAGAGUCGAGAGGAUGAUGUCGUGUCCAGAUGAGUCAGAAGCAAGUGGAGAUAAGACGAUCUUUACGAACAAAUAUAUUAUUUAUUGAUUCUCAAGAGCUUGAAGGUAACAACGAGAGAGAGCAAUUCCGGAAGGGCCGUGGUGGGCCUUGAAGACACUAUAACAGCGCAGAGGAGAAUUCCACGGACCCGCUAUUCCUUCAUCACCACUUCUGGCGAGCUUCGACUUUGUUUUCGCCAAUUGUUCAGGAUUUCGAUGGACUUCAACUUCAAAAAUAUGCCAGCUCAAGUGGUAUUAGUAAAGGUUGAUCGCCACUGCAGGGUGUACCAGGGCAAAAUAUAGGCUAUCUUUGGCAAGAAUUGGUGUCAUUGAGGAUGAAGCCCAUUUUAUCUUUCAUUGCGAUAAACACGGAAUCAUCUGACAUUAUACGGGUCAUUUUCCCUGAUUUUCAACAUUCUGGACUUUUCAUGUAUAUGCGGUAUAUGUAUAUACACUGUACUAGCAUUGUACCCGUACGGGCAGGUUCAAAUGGGCUAUACCUUGAACAAACUCGCACAGUGCCGAAAUUAAAAUUCAAUUUCAGAGAAGGAACGAAAUCAGCGCCUCUAGUGUCAAGAUGAUAUCUUGAAUAGAUUGAAUUGCAAUGAAAUUUUAAUGUCGGCCUCCAAAUGGAUCGAACCAAUUUCACUAAAAUGCGUGCUCCUCCUACAUGUAGCAAGGUCUCGGGCAAGGCACUCGACAGGCAAGCUAUAAGUUCAGCACCGUGAGCAGAUCCUUGAUAAGGCCAUGCCAAGUUGAGAGUGCCUCUUCAGAUACAUCAAGUAUUGAAAGCUGUGGUGAGCACAUAAACUGACCAUGGUAAGCCUAUUUGAAAAUCCCUUCAUAAUCAAGGGCUAGCACUGGCUAACACAGCAACCAUAGACAAUAGACCACCAAUUUGACCCCAGAUCCUUACUGCGGGAAAACCCAA